CCUACACGCUAGCUGCAGCCUCCUGCCGCUGCCACUGCUGCUGCCGUGUCGCCAGUGCGGGAGCGAGAGGGGGGCCAGCCAGGGCUUCUCUCCGAGAGGGCAGCUUGAAACACGGGGACGCGGCCUCAGCGAGCGCCUGGGCGAAGCAAGAUGCCUCGCGGAGACAGAGAGAGCGACUGGAGAGAAAAGGAGCAGUUUCGCAAACUGUUCAUUGGUGGCUUGAGCUUUGAAACAACAGAAGAAAGUUUGAGGAACUACUAUGAGCAAUGGGGGAAACUUACAGACUGUGUGGUGAUGAGGGAUCCCGCAAGCAAACGAUCGAGAGGAUUUGGUUUUGUAACAUUCUCCUCCAUGGCCGAAGUUGAUGCAGCCAUGGCUGCAAGACCUCACUCAAUUGAUGGAAGGGUAGUUGAGCCAAAACGAGCAGUAGCCAGAGAGGAAUCUGGAAAACCUGGUGCUCACGUUACUGUGAAAAAGCUGUUUGUUGGUGGAAUUAAGGAAGAUACUGAGGAACACCACCUUCGAGAUUACUUUGAGGAAUAUGGGAAAAUUGACACUAUUGAAAUAAUUACAGAUAGACAAUCUGGUAAAAAGAGAGGUUUUGGCUUUGUUACAUUUGAUGACCAUGAUCCUGUGGAUAAAAUUGUAUUGCAGAAAUACCACACCAUCAAUGGCCAUAAUGCAGAAGUAAGAAAAGCUUUAUCUAGACAAGAAAUGCAAGAAGUUCAGAGUUCUAGGAGUGGAAGAGGAGGUAACUUUGGCUUUGGGGAUUCACGUGGAGGUGGUGGCAACUUUGGUCCAGGACCAGGAAGCAACUUCAGAGGAGGAUCUGAUGGAUAUGGAAGUGGUCGUGGAUUUGGUGAUGGAUACAAUGGAUAUGGUGGAGGACCAGGAGGUGGCAAUUUUGGAGGUAGUCCUGGUUAUGGAGGAGGAAGAGGAGGAUAUGGUGGUGGAGGACCUGGAUAUGGCAACCAGGGUGGGGGCUACGGAGGUGGUUAUGACAACUAUGGAGGAGGCAAUUAUGGAAGCGGAAACUACAAUGAUUUUGGAAACUAUAACCAACAGCCCUCAAACUAUGGUCCAAUGAAGAGUGGAAAUUUUGGUGGUAGCAGGAACAUGGGGGGACCAUAUGGUGGAGGAAACUAUGGUCCAGGAGGCAGUGGAGGAAGUGGUGGAUAUGGAGGGAGGAGCCGUUACUGAGCUUCUGCAAACUUGCCAUGGGCUUCACUGUAUAAAUAGGAGAGGAUGAGAGCCCAGAGGUAACAGAACAGCUUCAGGUUAUCGAAAUAACAAUGUUAAGGAAACACUUACUCAGUCAUGCAUAAAUAUGCAGUGAUAUGGCAGAAGACACCAGAGCAGAUGCAGAGAGCCAUUUUGUGAAUGGAUUGGAUUAUUUAAUAACAUUACCUUACUGUGGAGGAAGGACUGUAAAAAUGCCUUUGAGACAGUUUCUUAGCUUUUUAAUUGUUGUUUCUUUCUAGUGGUCUUUGUAAGAGUGUAGAAGCAUUCCUUUGAUAAUGUUAAAUUUGUAAGUUUCAGGUGACAUGUGAAACCUUUUUUAAGAUUUUUCUCAAAGUUUUGAAAAGCUAUUAGCCAGGAUCAUGGUGUAAUAAGACAUAACGUUUUCCUUUUAAAAAAUUUAAGUGCGUGUGUAGAGUUAAGAAGCUGUUGUACAUUUGAUUUAAUAAAAUAAUUCUAAAGGAAAUACUGUGUAAUUAUAGAUUUUUUUUUUAAAAUAUAUAUUGUAAAAUAAGGCAAGGAGUGGGUAGUAUAAGGUCCCACAAAUAAUACAAAGCUGUUGUUGUACAUGUAAAAUUAAAUGCUGGUCAGAAAAAGUAUGUUGUCUGUAAAUUAUCAGGUUUAAAAUAUCUAGAUAACUUAAGGGAUAUCUCUGCAAGGAGAAACACCUUUUUAGAUCUUUUAGAUGCUGCUUCUUCAAUGGCAAGGAAAGGAAAUAUCCCCAGCGAGGUACUCUUCCAGGGACACAGGUCUAGUACAAGAGAACUCUUGAAAACGGCACUAAGUUCAGCCAGUCUUAAAAAGCUGCGCUGUAUUUCUGCAAAGCUUUAACUACCGUAGUUUUAUAAGGAUGCCAACGAAGGCUGAGGGUGUAGAGCAAAAUAGUUCUAAGCUUCAGUUAAACUUCUUUAGGUAAGAUCUUAUUUACUUUUCCUUUCUUAAUGUUCCAAAAACAAGAAACUAAUACUAUAUGACAGUCUCUUUCAGUAUAGUGGUUAUCAUAUGUAGUUUAACAUAGCAAUGAAUUGAGUUAACCAUUACCAACUGAAGAGAAUGUUGUGAAUCCUAUCUUUUUUUUUUCUUGUAUUAAAUUUUGACAUCAUGUUUUUUUUAAAUUUCAGCUACUUAACAUAUUUUUUUCCUACUGGAAUCUAGCUUUGAUAUGAGCCAUCGACAAGCAUAGACUGCUGCUACUGUACACUGCUGCAGUUGAACAAAUGAGACCUGCAAGUGUCCAUUAGUAAAGUUUUGCAAGGGUUCCAUACCCGUGUUGGUAGUUAAAAUGGAAGGUGCCAUGCUGCAGGUAACAAAUGAAGAAGUGGUCAACCACAGACAUGCUUCAAGAAAUAAGAAAUUCUGAAUCAUCAGAAAAUAAUUGCUUUUUCUGGCUUCAUUAAAAAUCUAUAGGUUAAAUGAAUCCUGAUAAUAAAACAUUUCAGUUAAUACAG